CCGUCAGCGCGAGGGAGAGGUCGGCUCCCGGCUGGAGGUCGGCGGCGGCCACCCGCGGCAACUUGCCCAGGAUUACCCACGACGACAACGCGGGCGCCAUCUCGCGCUAGCUCUUCCUGGUGGUGGUUCGUGGGCUUGCUGUUGUGCCUAGCGUGAGGUGGUGGGUGGUGAAGCGGGGGAAUGAUGGUCGCGGCUUCCAGGCGAGCGAAUGAACCGGAGAGGCAAACAGAGCUAUCGCGCGCGCCAGCCUUUUGAGCGUGCCAAGCUCGCCCGAUUCCAUCACGCAAACGACACGGCAACUGAGCUGCAGCCAGGCUUGGACUUGGACUGCAUCCAAAAAUCAGACUCGAGCCUUUUUCUGUUCGCCAGCCAGUGGCAGCGGCAAAGCAAAUUAAACCACCGAGAGUCGGCUAUUUUUGUGAUAUCUAAUGAUCGGGGGAUCUUUCUGUAAAAUGAAUCCACCGAAGGCACCUGACGUGGUGAGACACGUGUCGGCACCGCAUUGGCUAUGACCAAACAUGAAUCUGCAUUACAAGUUAGUGUACCACCUGGCUCCAUUUUUCAACUUGUUGUACUAAACUGCUCGCGCAUUAUAAGUUGUUGUAUCACCAGUGUUAUUACCUCUUUACUUUCCCCCGAAACCCUAGCUUCUUCACCGCUCUCGCUCGUCCGCCAUUGCCGCACGCUCAGAGCCUCUUCGCCACCGCACUCUUGUGCGCAUUCUUCUGUGUUCCCGCCGCUCCUUCCUUGCUCGCCCGCGCCUCGCGCUGCCUCUUUCUCGCCGGAGCAGACCCAGAUCCGUUUCUGCGCCAUGGCUUCUUCUUCCUGUGACGCCGCCACCGUUCAGCAAAUCGAGGAGGACGCCGGCUCAGAGCGUGCCGGAUGGGAUGGCUCCGACGUAUCCCCGGCGGACAUCGACUGACUCCGUCGCACCCGGCGGAUCCCGGAGGAGGUGGAGUGCCAAAUUCCCGGCGACGAGGUCGUGCCGACACCCGAGCCCGAUGAGUUUGUUGUCUUCAUUUCGCAUUUCGAACGCGGCUUCAAGCUCCCGAUUAGCGAUUUCGUCCGACAGUUCCUUGACCAUUUUGGCCUCCAGCCUCACCACCUUCCGGCCAAUGCCAUUCUUACCCUUACUGCUUUUGUCACCUGCUGUGAGUUUGAGAGCUAUCUUGGCCUCUGGCCUUCCUUUGACCUGUGAGUCAAGUAUUUCAUGUUCCGGCCCCAAAUUCUUCCCGACAUGGACAAUCCCGACGCCCCUAAGCCCAUGACCCAAUGCGGCGCCGCCACCGUCAUACCUCGCCGAGGUUCUGCCUUUCCACGGAUCUAAGGUCUUGAGUCCUGAAAGAAAUGGCUCAAGACCUUUUUCUAUGUCAAGAACACCUCCGACAUCGACAAAAUCAAUUUGCCGGGAUUCAUAGUCGGCCCGCCGGAGUAGAAGAAGAACUUGAAGCAUGAUCCCAAGGACUCUCUCCCGGAGAUCAAUGAGGUUCCUACCGGCAUCAUCGCAUUGAAAGAGAACGGGAUGACGGCUGACGAUUUGCUGGCUACGUUCGUGUUCCGGCGAGUCUGCACGCUCCAACGUCGGACACACAAGAUGUGCUUCCAUAGCGGGCAGUUUGACCCGAACCGAGUUUCAACCAUUAUGUUGGACAAACUCGAGGUUUGACGCCGAGUCAAGGUGAUCGCUAAGACCAACCUGGCCGAGAAUUGGAGUUGGGGCAUGGUACCAUACAGCCGGAAGAACCGUGCGCCGUUGAAAUUUACACUCCAGCGCAAUGAGGAUGGGCACUCGCCGGACAAGCGCUUCAUCUCCGAUCGCUUGGGAGCCGACUCGGAAGACCCGGAUUCUUCAUGGCGGCCCCAUGCGUGCCAUAGUUGACUUGGAUGAUCCGAGCCUUGCUGCGGCCCCUGCUGCUGCUCCGGUGUCGGCCGCCGAGAAGCGCAUCGCCGACACAGAGCUUCCCAGGACUAUGAAGCGGAAGAAAACCGUUGGCCGGCAAUCGAAGCCGAAACCCAUGGUCGUCGGGGAGGCUCUGACUGCCACCCAGUCCUAGACCUGCAUCGCCUCCGAGAUCUCGGUCACCUCGUCUCCGCGUGCAGAGCCUUCUGCUCAGGCCACGGGAGGAACUGAGACUGCUGGAGAUUUGGCAUCCCUGUUCAGGAAGUUGGCCUCGGCAUCGAUGCUUUGAGCGUCGCCCAAACCGGGACAUCCGCGGUCGGGACUACCCCUUCGUCGGCAGUGCUUGAUGCGCAGCCGCAACCACUGGCAGCGGAUCCUCCUCGUCAGUCGGCGGCGCAGCCUCCACAACCUCAAGCCACAGCAACGACGCCGCUGCCACAGCCACCACAGCCGCAACCGACACAACUAGCGGCCGCUCGGGUGAAAAAGACUAGGAGCUCUGCCAUCCCGCCGGGAUAGCAGCCUCCGAGUUCAUUCGGUUCGCCGUCAAUCUGGGGUACUCAAGGAGUUCCUCUUAGGACAACGAGAGGGCACAGCUGGGGAUCUCUCGGCCAAUAUGCCAUGGACUGGAACAGCGCUGACAGCUACGAGGUUUACUCUGGCACAAUCCAGACAGCGUAGCAGAAUGCUCUGGUGGGGCCAUCAACCGUGGCGGCGACUCCAAAGUUGGUGGCGGCCCGAAUGUUCCAGGCAAGAGUUGCGCUGUUCGAGUCCAGCCGAGCUGUCGAGAUUGUGUGGAGUGUGAACCUUGUUGUUGCGAAGAGUGCAAGAACUACCACAACUUUGGACAAGAUUGUUUGGAGUGUGAACCUCGUUGUGGCGAAGAGUGCGAGAACCACCACCGCUUUGAACAAGAUGAUGGCCGGUGUGAAACUCAACCAAUCCUCUCCUGCCCGGCGGCAACCACCGCCAAAACCCACCAUGGCACAAUCUUUGCCUCCCAAGUUCUCAAUGUUCGGGGCGAAACCUGGCUUCGUCAUACCCAAGAACAAGAUCGCGGGCUCCAUGGUUAUCCGCAAGGUGGAGGCACCAGCUACCCCCAAGGAAGAGCACACUAAACCACCUCCUCCUCAAAGGAACACAAAGUGGGGCCCUGAUCUUGCCUCUGAUCCUGCCGUCAGGAAAGCCAAAGCUUUGGCCUACCAGGCUCGAGUGGAGCAAAUUAACAAGGAGCUGAAAUCUGUAGCUCUGGAGACAGGAGGAAUUGAAGGUUCAUUGUUUACUGUGAAGGGUUCCAGUUCUGAUAGUGCGAAAGAGAAUAAGGAAAAGGUUGAGCUAUUGGAGCUUGAAAAACGCGAAAUUAUUGGAGAAAUACUCCAAUUAAAUCCAGGAUACAAGGCUCCUGACGAUUACAAGCCAUUACUCAAGGAGACAAAAAUCCCUUUGCCUACAAAAGCACAUCCGGGACAAAAUAUCAUUGGAGUUCUUCUAGGACCUGAAAGAAAUACCCAGAAGCGACUACAGGAGGAAACUGGAGCUAAAGUACGAGUAUAUGGGACUAAGAAAAGCAAUGGUGAAAAGGGUGAGGUUCGCCAGUCAGAUAUACAUGAAGCACAAGCUGCUUAUGAAGACCUAUACAUACAUGUGUCAGCUGACUCUUAUGAUAAAGUUGAUGCUGCAGUUGCGUUGAUUGAGCUGCUUCUUACUCCUGUCUCAGUAAAUUCAACAGACUCUUCAGAAACUGCUAUUGUUUCUCCGGCAGUUAACUCUGUUGGUGUAAAUCCAGCUGUUGUGCAACAGGUGCAGAGCGCAGCUUCUCAGCCUGACUCACUGAAUUACCAAUCACAUAAUGCUCAUUGGCUUUCCAUGUCUCAAACUACUGUUCCAUCAGUUCCCUCCUCAGGGCCUAUACCGAGCCCAUUACCCAACAAUUCCUUGCAGCUGCAACCUCCUGUGGGUUCUUUUAGCAUGCCACCAUACACAGGGCAACCUCCUCACACAAAUUUCAUGCCAAGAAAUCCACUGCCUGUUCCUGGUUCUCAGCCAUCAAUACCGAACGCUCAACAACCUCCACACCAGUUCCAAGCCAACCCUGCCAUUAGACCUCCUUUUGGUAGACCACCUGGAAAUGCUUACAACCUGCAACCGGUGCCAUCUUCUACUGUAGCACUACCUGUUAGACCUCUUCAAACACCCCACGCUUCUGGAGGAUGGCCAACUUUCCCCCCUGCUAUGGCGCAAUCUCAGAGACCUUCACAAGGUGCACCCACUUUUAUGCCAAUGAGACCUCCUAUUUCUGUCUCACCUCUUGGUGCAGCUCCACCAGUGCCUUCUCAGUCAAAUAUGUCCACCAGCUAUGGCACUCAGCAUCCACCAAGAGCAAACUUCACUCCUUCCAGGCCUCCUGGCGCCCCCCAGUCUUUUCCAUCAGUGUCAUCUCAAGGUCCCUCGUCGGUGCAAGUACCAGCAUCUCCUGCUGGGGCAUUGCCGCAUCCACCUUAUCCAGUGUCGAUGCAAAUGCGUCCCCCCAUGUCAACACCUCAGAUGAGAGGCGCGCCUUCACCUUUCCCUCAAGCUGGACCAGCACCUGGCAAUGCACAAGUGUCACCUUCGUCGCAUCCGCCUGCCAGUAUGCCUGGGUUGUCUUUCUCAGGUUCUGCAAACACAGGCUACAGUCAGACAUCGAUAGCUGCUUUGAGACCUGCACGUCCGGCCACUGGUGAUUUUACCUUUCGACCUCAUGCACCACCUUUGCCAAACCCUCCAGCUUCAGCCGGUCAAAUGGGAGUUCAAGCUAACUCUCAGUUUGGUUUGCCCCAAAUGCUGCUGUUCCGUCCUGCCAAUCAGAGCCCCAUUUCGCCAGUUCAAGGUUUCCAAAGGCCGGAUGUAAGUCAUAUGGGUCAGGCCCGUAUGCAUGCUCCACCUCCACAACACUUCCAUGGAGGCUUCCCAUCUGAUUCUCCUAUGGGGUUUCGACCGUUCCCUCCUGCAAAUCCAUCCAACAGAAUGCCAUUUAAUUUCAUGCCACCGCAACAGAAUCCAUUUCCAAAUGCAAACAUGCAAGGUGGCAAUCCAGGUGGACCGAAUCCGAUAUACGAUCCUUUCGUGCCAACAGCGGUGUCAAAGAAAGCAGAGGGUGACCCAUAGUACGAGGGUCUCUUGUCAUGAGAUUUGCUUGAAGUGAGAUGUUGAUAUCUCUAUCUGGAAUCCAAGUUGUGAUGCAAAGGGAGAAGAUGGCUUGAUUUUGGCUUGGGAGCCGCAUGUAUCUGAAGUUCAGCCUUGAGAGAUGGAGUUUCUUAAACUUGUACCGUCGAUCCUUUCUUUUUUCUGACAGAAGCAUACCAUGUGUUGGAUGAGAUGAGUAUCAAGCUGUUUUUUUUCCAGAAAUUGUAUUGCAUUAAAGAAAAAGAAAGAAAGAAAAGGAUUCUGAUGAGAUGUAGUUAUCUUUGUUUUUGAGAGAGUAACUGUUGUAGUUAUCUGCUCUUUGAGAAAGUGGAAUAUUACCUUGACCAUCUUUUGUAUGUUUCACUCUAGAACAACUUAUCUA